AUGUCCAGCAACGAAUUCAUCGGCUGGGUCGCACACGACAAGACGGCCGUCGAGGGCAAGCUCAGCUGGGAGGAGUACCAGGUCAAGGAGUGGAAGGAGACGGACAUUGAGAUGGACAUUCUCGCCUGCGGCAUCUGCGCGUCCGACAUCCACACGCUCCGCUCGGGAUGGGGCCCGUCGCAGUAUCCCACCGUCGUCGGACACGAAAUCGUCGGCAAGGUGACGCGGGCAGGCAGCGCCGUCACCCACCUCAAGGUCGGCCAGCGCGUCGGCGUGGGCGCCCAGUCGGACAGCUGCCUCAAGUGCCGGCGCUGCGACGCCGGCAGGGAGUCGUACUGCGACAAGAUGGGCGGCACCUACCAGGGCAAGUUCGUCGACGGCAGUGGCACCGGCAUGGGCGGCUACGCGCGGCGCUGGCGCGGGCCCAGCCACUUUGCCGUGCCUAUCCCCGACAACCUCGAGACACACGUGGCGGGCCCGCUCAUGUGCGGCGGCAUCACCAUCUACAGCCCGUUGGACGACUACGGCUGCGGGGGCCCCAAUGGCAAAAAGGUCGGCAUCGUCGGCAUCGGUGGCAUCGGCUCCUUUGGUCUUGCGUUUGCCAAGGCCAUGGGUGCCGAGAAGAUUGUCGCCAUCUCCACGACGUCGUCUAAAAAGGACCUGGCGAUGGAGCUGGGUGCGACCGACUUUGUGGCCAUGAAGGACAACCCGGACGACUACAAGCGCCUGCGGCGUGAGCUCGACAUCAUCAUCAACACGGCGAGCAACCCGGACCAGCCGUUCGACAAGUACGUCUGGAUGCUGCGUCCCCGAGGGCACCUCAUCAACAUUGCCGCGCCCGAGAGCGCGGUGAUGCCGAUUCCGAUUGGUGCGCUCCUCUUCUCGGGCGCCAACAUCGGCGGAAGCGCCAUCGGGGGCAUCCCCCAGAUCGAAAAGAUGCUCAAGCUGGCAGGCGAGAAGAAGCCAAAGUUCCUCAUUGAGAAGCGCAAGAUGUCCGACGCCAACCAGGCCGUGCGCGACAUGGUCGACGGCAAGCCGCGCUUCCGCUACUGCCUGAUGAACGAGUGA